AUGAGCGUUGGCAAGAAAAUGCGCCGAUCUCGGCUCGAUCGACGUUACUUGUUUGGUGUCAUGGCAACAAUCUGCACCCUAGUGGUUAUCUUUCUCAUUUUGUGGUCCUCACUGCAGGAUACGCCCAAAGUCAUGCAGGAAUACGAACUGACAGAAACCAAAAAUGAAGAAGGGGAAACGAUCGUGUGGGUAUUGGAUGUUUGCGGCUCCGAGUCUAGUGCUUGGGUCAUCAUCAGCGUUGGGUGGAACGCACUGCUCUUGCUAUGUACAACAACCUUGGCUGUGCAGAUGAGGAAAGUGGGCAUGGAAGGCUUUCGUGAGACAGGAACACUAGCUCUGCUUGUGUACUCCCAUUCUGUCUUUGUGGUCCUUCGGCUCUUUACCUACCUCCUGCCAUCGGUGAUGAAGGAAUAUUUCCUGUCCUACUGCCGCAGCUUUCUGUUCAGUGUGGACACCCUUUCCACCCUUGUCAUCUAUUUUAUCCCUAAGUUGUUUGGUGAGGAUAUUCAACCCCGAAGGUCAUCGAUUAGCAGUACUUCCCUGCCAGCACAAUGGGCGGCCAAUCUCAGUGACAACAAUGAACCCCCGUGGAUUCAGCAACAACCGGUAGAGGUAGAGGAAAGGAUAAGGCUUCUAGAGAAACAGAAUGAAGCCCUGGAAAAAGAGAAUGCCCUCUUACGGCGACACCAAGCCCCUGAUGUCAAAAUGUCGACUGAAGAAUCAAGUCAAUAG